AUGGAUGAUGAAAAGGAGAAAGAGGAGGAUGUUAUAUUGGGCUAUUUUGAAACAAGAACUCAUCAUGUUGUUGCACCUAAAGACGGAGUAAAAAAUGCUACUUUAACUGAAGAAGCUGCUGAUAAAGAAUCUGCAGAUAUUUGUGCCAUAUGUCAAGCAAAAUUUGAACACGAAGAGACCAUUGGGACACUUCAGUGUGGACAUGAAUAUCAUACCCACUGCAUCAAACAGUGGUUAAUGCGGAAAAAAAAUUGUCCCAUGUGUAGAGCUUCAGUUUUGCCCUUCACAUCAACAAAUACUAUAGAAACGGAUAGCAUUUUAGGCUGGGUGGUUUUGGUUUGUUAA